AUGAAGUUUAAAAGUGGUCGAGUGGAUAAAGAUGGCAUCAAACCAACCCGUGAAAAAGUGGAUGCUAUCCAAAAAGCUCCCCCACAGAACAAAACAGAACUUCAGGCGUUCUUGGGGCUGCUUAACUUUUACAGCUGUUUUCUUCCAAAUAAGGCCACCGUCCUGGAACCCCUGCAUCGCCUUCUAGACCAGUCUGCUACUUGGCAGUGGGUUGCGAAGCACAGGAUGGCAUAUGCUCAGGCGAAAGAGUUGCUACAAACGGAUAAAGUGCUGGUCCACUAUGAUGAAAAGAAACCCCUGGCAGUGGUUUGCGACGCCUCACCCUAUGGGCUUGGGGCUUUAUUGUUCCACAUGGAUGGUGAUGGUCAGGAGAGGCUCAUUUGCUUUGCUUCCAGAACAAUGUCCACCACGGAGCGGAAUUAUGCCCAAAUUUAUAAGGAAGCAUUGGCGGUUGUUUUUGCCGUCAGAAAGUUUCUCCAGUAUCUCGCAGGCCGCCAUUUCGUGAUUUUUACAGAUCACAAACCCCUGCUGGGACUCCUGCACCAUUCCAUGCCAAUGCCUACCAUCCUUUCGCCACGGAUGCUACGUUGGGGUUUGAUCAUUGGAGCUUACGACUAUGAGCUAUGCUACAGACCGGGCAUACAAAUGGGCAAUGCUGACGCCCUGAGUCGCUUACCCUUGCCGGCAUCUGAUGCUGUUACACCACCACCAUUGGAAGUGUUGCUAAAUGAAAUGGUACCAGAUGCACCUAUGCAUGCUGAGCGAAUCGCUAACCUUACACGCAAAGACGCUGUCAUAGCACGAGUAAUGCGCUGGGUGCUGCAUGGGUGGCCGGCUGAUGUAAUGGAUAGCCGGUUCAAACCAUUCCUUUCACGCCGCCAUGAACUCUCUGCGCACAAGAACUGUUUGCUAUGGGAAAGCCGUGUGGUUGUUCCUUGCUUGGCAAGGAGAGAAGUACUGGCUAUGUUGCAUGACGUGCACCCGGGUAUGGUACACAUGAAGGGACUCGCAAGGAGUUAUGUGUGGUGGCCGGGCAUGGACCGAGACAUUGAGGAGACUGUCAAGGCAUGUGAAACCUCUCAGAUGUCACGUCAUGCACCACCUAAGGCGAAAGUGCACCCUUGGGAGUGGACGACAAAAAGAUGGUCCCGGCUGCAUGUUGGCUUUGCAGGCCCUUUUUAGGGCAAAGUAUAUUUCAUAGUGGUUGAUGCACAUAGCAAGUGGCUGGAGGUGUCUCUGAUGAGUUCCAUGUCAUCAUCAGCCGUCAUCAACACACUAACUACAAGACUACUUUUUGCAACACAUGGUUUGCCUGACGUCAUAGUCUCAGACAAUGGUGCUUCGUUCACUUCUGCGGAAUUCCAAGAGUUUGCAGAGCGAAACGGCAUUCGACAUGUCACUACAGCACCAUAUCACCCAAGCUCAAAUGGUCAAGCUGAACGCAUGGUGCAGACAACCAAGGAGGCCCUGUCUCGCAUCACCAAGGGCGAGUGUCAGACCAGGCUCGCCCGUUUCUUGUUGUCACAGCACGUCACACCCUAUGUCACACCCAAUUCAUCUACUGGAAAAAGUUCUGCUGAGUUGCUCAUGAAUUGGCGACUCACCACGGCCCUGGAUCGUCUGCACCUUGACCAUGAUGGUGAUAUGCUUCGCAGACAGGAGCUUAAUGCUGAAAAAUGCCCUGGCACAGUCAGAGAGUUUAGACCUAAGGACUUGGUGUACAUGAGAAGCUACACCAGAGAUUCUAAGUGGAUGCCUGGAAUCAUUGUAGAUGUCACAGGUCCCCUGUCAUACAAGGUCAGAGCUAGUGAUGGGCAAAUGCACAGGCGACAUGUUGACCAGCUGCUGGACAGGACGGCACCCUUGUCCGACCAAUCAAGGCCUGAGCCAGGUGGCUACACUGUCCAUCCGCCUGAGUCCCCAGGGGCUGAGAUGCUUGAGUUACAGCUGCCUGCAUUAGAUGUGGAAAACCCUAAUGUUGACCUUACUGGAGCUGGAGCUGAGGGAAUGUCUGAGUCCCUUCAUUCUCGGAGGUACCCUGUAAGAGAGCAUCACCCUCCAAGAAGGUUUUCAGACUUUGUGGACUGGGGAAAAGGGGUGUAA